AAGUGACGCUCCGCUAAUGUUUAGGAAGUGCAGGCGGCGUCAGAUUUAAACGAUGAAUUAAUUCACAUGAUAUCAUGCCCACUGGACCAGUAGCUGCUCGGGAUGAAGGCACUGUUUGUGACCGGACCAAACACAGGAACAACAGACAGUGUAAAACAGCUUUAAGAGCAUCCCAUCCUCAACCUGUCAAGGAAUCUAGUCCAGGAUCAAUUGUUAACAGCAAGCUGAGAGAAGGCCAUCUCCUCGGAGAACGCUGUGGCAGUGAGCGAGAGGAAGAGUUGAGAUGGAAGAUUAACCAGCUGGAGAAGGACAAACUCAAUCUCGGCUCAAAAUACAACAAGGAGGUGUCGGGAUAUGAGGCUCAGCUUGCUCGCUUACGUGCCCUGCUAGAAAGGGGAGAAGCCCACAGGCAGGAGCUGGAGUAUGAGGUGGCCUUAGCAAAGAGAGAUGCUGCUGCACAAAACACCUCCUAUGAAGAUAAACUGACUGAACUCCUCAAACACAACCAGCAGCACAAGGCUGUCAGUGCAGAGCUGAAUCAGAGGGUAUAUGAUUUGGAGAAAGCUCUAGAGAUCACUAGACAGGCUCGAGAUGAGGACCAGCAGAGCCACCAGGCAGAGCUGCUCGAGAGAGACCGGUUGCUUCUCAGCAGUAAUGCCGAAAAUGACCUGCUGCAGUCAGAGAAGAGUAGACUGGAGAAACUGCUGCAGGAGCAGAAUGAGACACUACAGGAGCUCAAGGUCAAGCUGGACAGAGUGCAGAGAGAGAGGGAGAAGGACACAGAGGAACUGAAAGCGAAGAAAUCUGAGCUGAAGCAAAGUGCAGUCAGAGAGGAGAUGCUGAGAAAAGAGGCAGAGUCUGCCAUGAAGAGAAUCAAGACUCUGGAUGAGACUGUGGAGUCAGAAAGGGCUUCUCACCUGGAGUCCAAGUUUAACUCUGAAAUCAUUCAGCUGCGACUCAGGGACUUGGAAGCUGCUCUGUGUGUGGAGAAGAGUAGUCAAGCUGAGGCGGUGUCCAACCUGGAGCUGCUCAGACAGAAGUUUGGAGAUGUGGAAAAAGCAUACACACAUGAGAGAGACAGAGCCAAGGAUGCACACCACAAAUUCCAGCAGCUGGAGAAGGAAUACCUGAGCACUAAGGCGGAUCUGAUUGGUCAGCUGGAUAAAGAGAAGGUUGCUUCAGCUGAGCUUAUGGGACAGUUGGAGCAGGAAAAAGCAGAGUCAGCAAAUUUGUUCGUCAGACUGCAGGAGCAGGAGAGAGUUCAUACUGAGAACUUGCAUACAAUCAGCCUGGUUCAAAACAAGCUGGUAUGUGUGGAGGAGGCACAUGAGGACCUUAUAAAAGACAUGCAGCAAUUAUUACAGCACUACCGCUACCUGGGUGCUUCACAAAUCAACAAUACAGGUGAGGGAGAGAAGAAAAACCCAUCUGCCCUGAUGGGUAUUCUUAAAAGAACACUUCACCACUAUCAUGCAGAGUUAAAGGAUUUGCUAAAAGUAGUGGAGACCCUGACCAUAGAGAACAAAGAGAAGGAAAAGAUCAUCACUGAACAAAGGAAGAACAUUCAGGAGUGUGAGACACGGUGUAUGUGUCUGGGUGAGGAGGUUGAGCGUCUGCGUCUGAGUGUCUCAGAAGUUGCAGCUGCUGCAGAACGAGCACAGGUGGAGCUCUGCAGUGUGACAAAGCGCUGGGAGGAGGAGAGGGAGCAGCAUAAACACACCAGCAUGCAGAUGCACAAUCUUACUCAGGAGCACGAGAAAGAACAGCAAGAGAAGCUGGCUUUCUUGCACUCUUUGUAUCAGCAGCUUAUUGCUGGUUGUGUGCUUGUGGCCCCGCCACAGAGCAUGCUGGGAAGUUUUUCGUGGGCGGAGCUAAGUGCAGUUCUGCAGGAGCAUGUGGAUACUCUUACCUCUGACCUUAGCUCAGCCAAUCAGAGGAUCGCUGGUCUGGAGAGUGUGUGUGAAGGAAAGACAACGUCAUUGGCGAAUGUGUGUGAGCAGCUGAAGCAAAGGGAGGAGAGCUGGAUCAAACAGAGGAAAGAACUGGACACACACCACAUGCAAAUUACUAAUGAACUGCAGACUAGAGCACAGGAUUUGAAAAGGCAGAUAGAGAAGAGCGAGGAGAAAGUCCGCGCUUCAGAACGCGCUCGAUCUGGCCUCGAACAGGAAGUCACCCGUCUGCAGGACCUCUUGAGUGUGUGUCGCCGUGAUGAUGCGUCCCUGCUGGCAGCCUGUGCUCUGCUCGCAGGGUGUGUGUGUGAACUGUUCAGCAGAGUGUGUGUAUUGUCCCAUCAGAAAACACUGCUGUGGGACCGAGUGUGUGUUGGAGAGUCUCUGGAGAAAGAAGUGGGUGCUCUUCUGCACGCGCUCAGUGACCCUGGGCAAACCUCAGGCAAAGCAGAGGUGAAGGUGAGGGGGGGCGUGUGGGUGUUUCGGCGGUGUGUGAUUGCUGUGCUGGCCACUCUGCGCCUCCAGAAGCUUCGGCGGAACUCGCACACACUCUUUAGGGUCACUGGGGGAUUUAGAGAGCCCCCCAGUUUGUGUGUGAGAGAGAUUAUGCUCAGAGAGAAAGCUCAACAGGGUGAAGAAGAGGAGGAUGAGAGGAACUUUAGAGUGGUGAAGAUGCUCACCUCGUCUGAGCUUGCAGUGCUCAUACACAGCUGCAUGCAAGGAGUUCAGCAGGAGCUGGACAAAACAGUGCACAGCUCAGGUGUGUUGAAUGCAGCUCAGAUCAGCUUCAGUAAACUGCUGGACAGACUGCUGUCUGAAACAGACUCAGGGUGCUCGGGGCAUUAUGGAUAUGUGGGGUCGUUGGUGCAGCGACUUGCUCGUGGACUUCAGAAGCUUCGCAUGAAACACUGUGCUCUAUCGAACAAUGAUACCAGCCAGGGCAUGGUCUCCUCUUUGCAGCAACACUUCCUAGUGUUCACCCAGAGGCUACACUCUGCUGAAGUAGAGCGGAGGGAGCUGAGGCUCGAGCUGUCCCGCCUUAAACGUAGCACAGCAAGUGAACGCAACAAACGUAAAGAAAACACACACACAGCAUGCGUUCCUGUAGAUCAGUUCCAGAGUGUGUGCACAGAGCUGAGCUCUGCUCUGCAGAGGGAACAGCAGGCUCAGGCUCUCCUGCACCAGCAGGCCACACAGCUGCAGGAACUGGGCCUCACCAUGGAGCUGCACACUGGAGACCAGCUGGAGAAAGACCGCACCCUGGCACAGGCUGUGCAGUGCCUGUCAGAAACGAAGGCAGACCUUAAAAGAAAGGAGCAGUCUCUGCGAUUGUUAGGGAAGCGACUGAGCCAAUCACAGCUUGAGAAGCAACAGCUACAGCAGAGCAUCACCAGUGCAGAGAAUGCACUACGUACAGCAGCAAAGAGUAAAGACUCUUUAUCCAGCUACAUGAAGUCUGUAGAGAGCAGUCUGAAAGAGCUGAAAGAUCGCAUAAUUCUUUCACGUUCCUCAACUUCUCGAGAGGACUUCAACCUACACAUGCCCAGCAUGCUCUUGGAUGUCUCAGGACCAGAGCUGAACAUGGGAGGUCAUGAGAUUGCUGCCUGUCAGGCUCUUGUGGAAAGUUUUACGGAAGUAUAUCAGUUGGCAUGCUCCAAGGUAGCAUCUCUGGAGAGAGAGAUUUCCUCUUAUCAGAGUCACAUCACCGCACUAAAGGCUGAGCUACAGGAUGCCUGCUUAAGAGAGAACCAGAUUUACGUACCAGUGAUUGACUCUGAUGACCAUGCGGUUCCACGUUUUGAAGCAGAAGUGGAUACUGGGACACCCCUGCUUUUAGAUGUUGGAGUCACACUGAAAGAAGUGCCUGGAAACAUGCGUCCUUCUGUGUUGCUUCCGCUGAAAAAAAGCAAAGCUGUGAAAAAAGGCUCCAAAAACUCUAAAAGCCUCAAAGGUGCUGUGAAAUGAGAAACCUAGAACCACAUAUGAUUUAGAAUAUUUAGAGCAGUUUUUGUGUUUUGUAAAGCCAACAUGAGAUGUGUUUUCUACAUAUUUGCAAUUCUAACUACUGUAAGAAAAUCCUGUGGGUGAGUUUUGAAAAUAAACAGAACGGAAUCAUGA